CUCCAGGAUUCCAGUUCGGCCGUGAACGCGUGAUCUCACGACUCGACAAACAUGGCGCUCCAGUCCAGUGGUUGUAGCUCGCUCGGCUGCAACGGUGAUCGUCAGCCUCCCGCGGCCACAUUGUCGUAUCCUGUCUUCGAAGACCUUCGUUGGCGUUCAGGCCUCAGGUCCGGCGAGCAGCUCUCCAACGCAGACCGCGCUCUGUUAGAAGCAGAACUGGAGGCCCUUCGAGCGGCAGCGGACGCGCACACGCAGGCGCUUCAGAAAUUGAAGAAGCAAAUCGACAGACGCUCCUAUCUCCUGUCACCCAUCCGUCGUCUACCCGACGAGGUCAUGGAAGCGAUCUUGGUCCUGCUUUGGAAAUCUUACGGCGUAUCGCAGGCAGACGGUAUACCGCUCAAAGCGACCGGAACUGCCGACUCGCUACCAAUCCUCCUUCCUUCUCGCCGAUUCGCUCCCCCUCACGUCUGCUCCUGGUGGCGACGUCUCACUUUGCAAGGCCUUGCGCUACGGCCUCAUUUCGUCAUCAACAUCCCGAAGAUGAUGCAUAUAAAGUCAGCACCAGCAGGCGGCUUGCCGAAGGAAAUAAGACUCAGUCUUACGCAAAUUCCUUAUCCCUAUAUUCGCGUCCAUCUGAUCGGUCCCGAUUCCGAGCGUGCGUUUCCCUCCUCCAUCACAGACGAAUGCACCAUGCAAUUCGGCCGAUGGCAAUACGCCUGUCUCGAGCAUCUUCCGUGGCAAAACCUCAUCAGCGUGACGCGCGCAGACCUUCCGCGGCUUGAACACGCGGAAAUCAUACUGGGGCUAUAUGGUUGGCAGAAUGUAUGGGAAGGACCCGGUGACGGCUAUCGUAUCAAAAUCUUCGACACCGCACGCCAGCUUCGCAGUGUCACAUUGCAGAAUGACUUCGUUGUAACCUCCAGGCUCCCAUUCACUCUACCCUGGUCUCAACUACGACGCGUCGUUGUCAAGAAAUGCUCUCUGGGAGUAUCACUGGAGAUCCUAUCCGAGUGCAAGUCGCUGCAGUCAUUUGACUAUAACGACGAGCGAGAAGAGGAGGAAAUCGUGCGGGAAGAUGACGACAUACCACCCAGCUGGAGGGUGACCACAUCCGUGGAAGACUUUGCCUGGAAGACCCAGGGACUGUCGUCCAUCGGAAUGCGCAGCCUUGUCGAACGAACGACUAUGCCAUUCCUCAGGAGAUUAGAAACGUGGCGUCUACCCCCAGCUCUCCUAUCGCUCGUCGAAGCCCCUCAACAUCUCACAACGCUGCAUCUCACCGCGUCCAUCUGUUGGGUAUCCGGGGCAGAAGUAUUCAACAUCCUUCGCUCACUGCCAGGCCUGGUGUCCCUAUCCUUCGAAUACAUCACGAGGGUUGAGGACGAGUGCAGGCCGUACCGCGAGGGCGAGACGAUGAAUGAUGUCUUGCACCAACUCUCUGCCGGCGUCCGGUUUCUUCGCGAACUCCAGAGAUUCUCCUUCCGCUGCAAAGAGCUAUGCAAUUCCGAUUGCAUCCACGACUUUCUGGCACGCCAGGCCGGCAGACCGCGAUAUCCUUCUACUCCAGGAGUUUUACGAGAAGUGCGUGUCGAGACGCCACUCACGGGGAACACCGUUAACCUGUACUCUGCGCUGGCCGAGGGGGGCGGCGUCGAAAUAUAUGGCCUCGAUAGAUGUGCUGAGAUGUACAAGGCGCUUUGAACCCCCUAUCGCGAAUCGCUGGCCCUCGCGAUGCUGGCUUCAUGGCAGGCGGCGCACCUCUGCGUACGAUUAUGUAUGAAAGGCCUGUAAGACACUCGCAGACGUCAUGCGGCGAGCGACGCGGUCGAGGACAAUGGGAUUGUCGAUUACUUGCGUACGGGAAGGGUUUGCCGCAUGAAGAAUUUGGGGCCAUGCUCGGAACGCGCUUCGUGCAGCGAUGAACGGCCGUCACUGUCAGGAGAGAGUAGGGCGCGUAGAAUAUGUAGUAAGAAAAUGGCGAUAUCGUCAAUAUAUCGGUUCCGCCGCU